UCCAAUGGAUGACGGUUCGCAGGAGUCGCAGGACCGCACACUAAAGUCUAGUUCGGUCUUCGUGAGCGCGCGAACGGCGCCCCGACGUCGGCGGUAAAAUUCUGCAGGACGAAAGACCUUCCUCCUGCUCUAGACUGAGUAUCCCACGAUUGGACUAAGGCUCGUGACCCGGUAAAUCGCGAGAGUGCGGGAGCUACGGAUAUAGCAUGUGCUAGGCAUGAGUUUAGUGGUACCCGCUUCAAAGAUGGAAUACCAAUUACCACCACAACAGCCCCAAGUGGCAAAUUCGCCCGUUGCCCCCGUCUCAGGGCACCCGGUGGCUGUUGGAGUAAUGCAAGGAACUCUAACUCAUGUACAGGCCGGAUUGCAGAAUACGAACGGAACGCCUGAAGUUCAGGAUGCCCAUCGAUGGUCGCAGUACCAGCAUUUGUGGCGACAGCACGUUUACAUGAAUGGUAACAGUAAGCCUUCACACCAUAAUGGCCAUGGCCAUUCCACCAUUAAAGAACUGGCAGGAGCCAUUCUUGGGGACGAAAAAAAGGACGACGGCGAACUCUGGAACACUGUGGAGGCGCAGACGGCCUUUUUGGGACCCAACUUAUGGGAUAAGUCAUAUGAAACAGACCUGAAGUAUGUGGAUCUCGAUGAGUUCCUUUCGGAAAAUGGAGUGUCAAUGGAUGGACUAGGAACGCACGCGGCUUUAGGGCCCCUUGCGGGCUCCCACCCUCUUCCUAAACGAGAAAGAUCCCCUAGUCCGAGUGACUGUAUGAGUCCGGACACUAUUAACCCCCCUUCUCCGGCAGAUUCAAUUUUUUCUGAAGCGCUCUCGAUGGGUUCGAGCUGUCGCGACUUCGAUCCACGAACAAGGGCCUUUUCAGAUGAGGAUCUCAAGCCGCAACCCAUCAUCAAAAAGUCCAGGAAGCAGUUUGUUCCAGAUGACCUUAAAGACGACAAAUAUUGGGCGCGCAGAAGGAAGAACAACCUUGCGGCCAAACGGUCGAGAGACGCUCGCAGAAUGAAGGAGAAUCAAAUUGCUCUUCGUGCGGGCUACCUUGAAAAAGAGAAUGUUGGACUUCGUCAAGAGUUGGAACGACUGAAAAAAGAAAACCUCAUGCUGCAAAACAAAUUGGCAAAAUACGAGGACGUCUAAAUCAGCCACAGCGGAAGGAUAACGAACCGUCCUUCUCUAGCAGCAUAGCAAUGGAAUCAUCCGAUAUAGUGAAUUGUUGUUACAGCGUUUCUCAGCUACCUUAAAGCUGCCUAAAACUACCCCAAUUCAAUUGUGUUGUUUUAUCAUUUCAUAUUGGCCCAGCGAAUUAUGGAUUUGCCCUCCCGAGUUAAGUCAAUUAAAUUUUCAAGUCAAUUUAAGUACAACGUAUUAUCAAAAUUAUUUAUUUUUCUUGAAAAUGAGUUUUUGGUCAUGACCUAUCUUGAAUUAUUUAAAUUGCUUGAUAUGUGUUUCUCUUAAGACAGGAGGGCACACGCGAGAAAUGGACGUCAGUGUUCCUUUCAACUAACUGUAAAAACGCAACCAAACAUUUGUAAAUAAACAUACACAUUAUGUAGUAGUCACCAUUGUAGUGUAGGAUUAAAAACCAGAAUUCUUGUUUAAAUUUAGUCUUAGCGGAAAAUUUUCAGAAAACUCCCAUUAGUUGUAGGUACAGACAAAUAACACAGUGGAUGCUGCCUUUUUUUAUUUUUAGAAUUUUCUCGGUCGCUACCUAAGUUGCUUUUUAUCAACAUUAAAACUUUUUCUGCUAGAAAAACAGACAAACUUUAAUCGUAUUUUAUCGGUCUUAUACGUUCUAUAUUAGAAUAGGCCGUACUGUAUAUUAUCACCCUCCGAAAGUUUUCUAAACAUUUUCCGCUACCGAUCCUGCCUCGUUUCAUCGAGCAGCUGUUACUUUGUAGAAUAUUUGUUAUUUGUUUUUAUGUUUAUAUAUAGUUUAUUUUUUUCGGUUGAAGUUAAGUUAGAGCUACAUAAGUCUUUGGCUAGACGGGGAUCGCUCUUUGCGCCGACGUUAAUUCUUCCGUUAACGUUACUGGGUUGGCGCACGAUUGCCGUCGACCGCGUAGUAAUUUCGUAGUACCUAAAUAUGCUCACAAAAGUUUUACAGAACUGUAGCGAUUGCGAACGGCACUAAAAGUUGCUAAUUUUAGUUGUAGCCCGUUGCAUAAGUAGUUAAUAAAUUAUUUCAAAGACAUUAAUUAUUAUAUUACAUGAGAGACGUGUGGUAGAGUUUUUCCACCUAAUUGUAUGACGCUUCUCGUAAUUUUUAAUCAAAAUGAUUUUCUAGAAACAAAGGCUGAUGAUUUUGAUAUUAACUGUUGUGUGAAAACUCUGAUAUACGAGGUUCGCGCAAAACAACUCCUUCUUUCUACCAUCUUUGUACUCGGUUGUGUUGAAUUCAGCGACGCACCUCGUAUAUUAUACAAGGAGCCAUAAAAACGCUUUGGUAGGCCCUGACGUACAAAGGCACAAAUAUAUAGAUAAUUUCCGAUGCAUUGUUAGUACCAAUACACCUGGUAGUUGAUUUUAAGAAGAUAUAUAUUACUUGUUAUGAGAUCCACGCUCUGUGAACAUUUUAGAUAAGACUUAUUCGUGUGGCACUUUUUAAAUAAUGGCAUUUAUAUAUGCUACACUGCCAACUUUGUAAACGCAUUUUAGUACUUACUCGAAAGUUGUUGAUGUUGAGCUUCGAUCGUGUACAUAAAUGUACAAUGUGUUCGGAUAAACUUGGUUUUUUCUACUACCUUUACCAUGUGCUAAAUAUUCCUUUAUCAAUUUUCGAAUCGAAUGCUUUCUUGAACCGGUAUUUAUUCGAACACCCUGUACAAUAGACUAAGAAACUUUCACAUGCUUGAUCAAGCGCGGAUUUUCUUUUAAAUACGUUUUGGACGAAAUUUAAAAGCCUUGAAGUUCGUUAUGGCUCUUCAGUGUACCUUUUACAUCUCUUCGUGAUUGUGACUGCGAAGUUGGCGAAACAACAAGCAAACUGAUUUAAACAGUCACAUUUUGAGGAGCUGCUUUCUCUAACUAAACCUCCACAUGAUAAUGGCAUUUUUUUAGUGGAAAGAUAAAUUACGAAGUAGAACCAUGGGAUUUUUCGACUGAGGAAAAUGCCAUUGAAAUGUACCAGGAGGGUCCCUCGAGGUGAUAAAAUACAACUCAACGUUACCGUUAUCAUUAUAAGAUGUAAAUGUGCAAAGAUAUAUUAUAUUCUAGAUUAUAUGAACAUGUUUUACACAGUUAAACAUUGCCUUAACUGGCUGGCCUUAAUAAAAUUUACCUUUUUGACUCUUUUAUAAUAUGUAUAUGUUGUUUCUGGGCAAUAUUGACAAAACAAAUUAUUUACUUUGUGGUAUUUCCAGCUGGUCUGAAUUGAAGUGUGUGUAGGCUUACACCGUGCAAGUCUGUAAUUCCUAAUAAAUUAAGGUCUACUCAUUAUAAUGAAAUUUCGUUUCUCAACUUAAUGAAGAUUACUUUUGUCAAUAUUUUCCAUUUAUUGUUAGACGUAUUAUUGCUAUAUUGCAAGAAGUGGGUAAAUUUUAUUUUUGAAUAUGAAGAGCUGUUUUCAAGGAUGUUACUAUUAGAUACGUAAAAUUGUUUUGGGACAUUAUAAAACACUUUCAAAAUAUUAUUCUUUAAAAGAUUCAGGGAAAAUUCAGAUCCGAAGGAAAAGGAUGUUUCAUGUCGGCAUUUCAAACCUCUAUCAGUUUUUAACUUGCUACGGGAGGAGAAUCGCUAUCUAUACAUACGCAAAAAUACUUGAUAUGAGUACUAAAAAUUGUUUUGUUUUUAAACGGAAUUCAAAAACGACUAUCGAUCUUUUGAGUCACAUUCCAAAGCCAAACUGAAAAACCGCAAGUUCUAUAUGUGUCCCAAAGCAUGCAAACAAUACCUACAAGGAAUGGUCUGAAAUACUUAAGACAAACCAUAUGAACGAGGUGUUUUGACAAAUCAUCUCCCAAGAGCACUGAAACACAUUUCGGUGAAGCUAAAUGAUGCUGUCGUAGAAGAUAUUUUGUAGUAUUUAACUAAGAUGAUAAUUACAAACUGUAAUAACUGCUACUGUGAGCAUUAAAUGACGGAAAAUAUA